AUGGACUCUUGGGAUGACGACGAGUUUGAAGUACCGACGGUGACGGAAACCCAGGAAAUAAUCGAUAAUUGGGAUGACGAAGAGGAAGAGAUUGAUUUGAUCAAGACCUCAAAAGUAGAGGAAAGAUCUGCUUCGUCUGGACCGCUCAAACCCAAACAACUUAAAAAAAUGAAGUUGAAGGAGAUCGAGGAGAAGCAGAAGAUGGAAAUGGCUCUUACUAAGGCGCGUCUUGCUGCCCAGGCCAAUGAAUCUAACGAAGAGCGCCGCGCUAGAGAGAAAGCCUCCAUUGAGGAGGCGGACUUUGAGAUGGCAAUUGAUGCUCUUGCAGGUACUGUGCAAAAAAGCACAGCUAUCGCUCCCGAUGAUGACAAAAAUAUGAUUUCCAGCAUGCGUCUGUUAUCACUUGCCGAUCACGAGCAGCUGGGUGAUAUCGUGGCAUCCCGAUUGGCUACAUCUAAUUCCAAAUAUGCACUUGAGUGUAUUAAGAUCAUUUUAACAAAGGCUUCCGUGAACUUGACGGCUGAUGACAUGAAGGAGAUCACAACCAUCAUAAAUGUAAUCAAGAAUGAAAAAAUCGCGGCCGCGAAACCUAAGGGCAAAAAAAAGAAGCAGGCUGGUAAGCAGGGUUAUACGAACGUCGAACGCAACGUUGGCACCGGUGGCGCUGGUGGUAAGGCGUACACCGGCUACGAAGACACGUACGAUGACUACGACGACUUUAUGUAA